CGCGGCAUAGGCGGAUCGCUGCCAUCCUGGCGCAUAGCUGGCCGUAUAGUCCGUAUUUACUUUGGUAGCAUCGACCUAUGUUGUUUUCAUCGAAAAACAAAAAAGCAUCGACCUAUGCUGCAAAGGCGAUGAUGGGACAUGGUUUCAAGAAUUAGGAAUACGGUUGGUGAAUGGAUCAAUUCAGAUCGGAAUCACGACAAAUCUUGAUUACGUCUGAUUCAUGUUAAGAAAAAGACUAGGAUCGCUGAUUUGAAAACUGAUUCUAGGGUUUUCUGGAAACGAUCCAACGAUCAGAAUCGGCAGUAUCCUGUGUUUUGAAAAGCUGGGUGAUAGGAUUAUAGGAGUAUAGGAUUAUAACGUCCGAGCUGAUUAGGAAACCCAACCCGAUCACCCCUGCCCCGGAUCCGGCUUUUGUUUUUUUGGGAGCGAGGGGCGUGGAGGUGGUGUUGGAUAUACGGAUGCAGGUACAACCGUACAAGUAUCCCCGUUUCAUGUAAGUGCAAAGCGGCUGGCGCGCAGAGACUGCAGGGUCAAGUCUCACCUUCCGACCGAGUCGUCGGCAACAGUCGUUGCAGAGACGAGCAAAGGCACAAAGCAAAACGACCUUUCCAAUCCUCCGACGACGAACCGACGAACGACAGAUUGAUUGAUUGAUUGAUUCCUCCAUUAAUUAUUUGUUCAUUUCUGUCGCUAACUUCUGCAUCCACAAAAGUACAUUCGCGCGGAGUGAAGAAUGAACCCAAUUCUUUUUUAAUUCUGUUGUAACCACCUCUCGAGUCCCAAAUUCCACCACAAAAGGCCCAAAACCCGACCCCCAAGCCACCGCUGCGGCGGAUCCACCAACCGGUCUAGCGAUCGAUCAAUUUAAAUUCGUUCUUAAAAAAAGGAGAGCUGGAGUCUCUACAGGAAACCCCGUCCUUGAAGGCUCCUGGGAACGGACAGAUACGGUACAGAUCACCAUCAUCUGCGGAACUCCUGGAGGGUCAGAAUCACCUCCAAUCCGAUCCCGAUCCCGAUCAAUUGGAUCAGCUGGAGAAGAUGUUGAAACGGACGAGACAGCAGGAGUCCUUCUCCGACAAGCUGUACAAGUUCCGAGGCGUCAUUCUUCUUGUGUCCGUUCCUCUUCUCCUUAUUUCUUUUGUUCUCCUCCUCAUGCCCCGUUACUCUGAUGACGGCUUCAUCUCCAUGGAAGCCGCAGCAAGUCUCCUGAGAUCAUCUUCCCAUGGAUCUAAGAGCUAUGCUGUCAUCUUCGACGCCGGAAGCUCCGGCAGCAGGGUCCACGUCUAUUGUUUCGAUGCAAAUUUGAAUCUUGUCCCCAUUGGGAAAGAGCUCGAACUCUUCGUACAGAAAAAACCAGGUUUGAGCUCAUAUGCCGACAAUCCCCAGCUGGCUGCAGACUCGCUUCAGUCUCUUUUGGAUCAAGCAGAAAAUGUUGUUCCGAAAGAGUUGCACCGCAAGACACCAGUGAGAGUAGGGGCAACGGCUGGUCUUAGGGCCUUGGAAGGUGAUGCAUCUGACAGAAUUUUGCAAGCGGUUAGGGAUUUUCUUGAAGACAAGAGUUCCUUGAAGUCAAAACCAGAUUGGGUCUCUGUCCUUGAUGGAUCUCAGGAGGGCGCCUUUCAGUGGGUUACUAUAAACUAUCUACUGGGGAAUUUGGGAAAGAAAUACUCAAGUACAGUUGGAGUAGUUGAUCUUGGAGGUGGAUCUGUUCAAAUGGCAUAUGCAAUCUCAGAAAACGAUGCUGCAAAAGCUCCAAAGAUAUUGAACGGAGAGGAGACAUAUGUGAAAGAACUCUUUCUCAAAGGAACCAAAUAUUAUCUCUAUGUCCAUAGUUACUUGCAUUAUGGUCUAUUAGCGGCUCGGGCAGAAAUUCUGAAGACUUUGGAAGGCUCUGGCAAUCCAUGCAUCUUAAAUGGUUAUCAUGGGUCAUACAAAUACGGGGGGACUGUAUAUGAAGUAUUUGCAUCUCCAUCAGGUUCCAACUUUGGCAACUGCAGAGAGGCUGCUAUCAAGGCUCUUAAAGUCAAUGAAUCCACAUGUACACACAUGAAGUGUACAUUUGGUGGGGUAUGGAAUGGUGGUGGUGGGGAUGGACAGAAAAAUCUAUUUGUUGCUUCCUUUUUCUUUGACAGGGCUGCUGAGGCUGGUUUUGUAGACCCCAACCUUCCAGUUGUGAAAGUUCGACCUGUGGACUUUGAGGAGGCAGCUAAGCGUGCUUGUAAAACCAGACUUGAGGAUGCAAAAUCCACGUACCCACGUAUUGAAGAGGAAAAUCUACCUUACCUAUGCAUGGACCUUGUCUAUCAGUUCACGUUGCUUGUAGAUGGGUUUGCUGUUAAUCCAUGGCAAGAGAUCACAUUGGUGAAGAAAGUGAAGUACGGGAAUGCACUGGUUGAAGCAGCAUGGCCACUUGGUAGUGCCAUUGAAGUUGCAUCCGCAUCAACAUGACUCGAACAAGUUUUGGUGGAACAGGUUUCAUUUUGCAUUGGCAGUUAUGGAGCACAACUAUCAAAGUUUCUAUAAUGCAUGAUAUCUUCUUUGAUCACGAGGUCAGGUCUGAGUUUUGAUUCAGAUAGAGAUUUGAUUUUUUUUUUUUUUUUUUUUUUGGAUCAAAUGAGCAGAGCAAAAUAUGAUGAUCCAUAUCCCAUUUGUAUCAUAAAUUCAUUACUUUCUGAAGAAAAUUGAGAGCAAUGUUUUGAAACCCAUCUGUAACUUUGAAGCUUUCUUUUGUGAGCUUAGACCUCAAUUUCUAGUAAUUCUUUUUCUUCCAA